ACAAGAAAAAUCCAAAACUCUAAUUAACGGCGGCACCAAAAUUGGCUUUUGCGAGCGCACUGAGACACCACUCUAGGGUUCGUUAUUCGCAUUCAAUUUCUUCCCAACUUUCCUCUAAUUUCCUUUUCGCACCACAAAUUUUCGAUAUCGUGUUGCUCCCUUCUUCUCCCCUUCUCUCCAAUUUCAUUAGCUUCCACCGUUUACCCUAAGGAAUUCUUCUGGCCUCUGUGCCUUCUUCACAGUUGCCUCACAAGCUUGUUUCAUUAGUUUCAUAAGAUGCCCCGGGGAAAAGCAAAUUCUUCGACAGCUGCUAAGCCAUCCAAGCCUGAAAAGCCGGUUGAAUCCGAUGAGAAGGUUGAUUUUAAGGAGGCAAAUGAUACCGAGGAAGCAAUGGAAGAAGAAAUUGAGUAUGAAGAAGUAGAAGAAGAAGAGGAAGUGGAAGAAAUAGACGAGGAGGUGGAGGUGGAAGAAGAAGAAGAGGAGGAAGAAGAGGAAGACGAGGAGGAAGAAGAAGAAGAGGUUGAAGAAGUGGAAGAAGAUGAUUCCAUUCAAAACCAUAGCAGUGAUGAUGCAAAGGUGGAAGAUGAGGAUGAAAAGAAAAUGCAUGCCAAACUUCUUUCUCUUCCUCCUCAUGGUUCGGAAGUAUACAUUGGUGGCAUUCCUCAUGGUAUCUCAAAUGAUGAUUUGAAAUCAUUUUGUGAGCGUAUUGGGGAAGUUGCAGAGGUUCGAGUAAUGAAGGGAAAGGGUUCUUCCGAGAACAAGGGCUUUGGUUUUGUGACCUUUAGAAGUGUGGAAUUAGCUUCUAAAGCCAUUGAAGAGCUGAAUCAUACAGAAUUUAGGGGUAAAAAAAUAAAAUGUUCGACAUCUCAAGCCAAACACCGUCUUUUUAUUGGCAAUGUUCCAAGAAGCUGGGGCGAGGAAGAUCUGAGGAAGAUUGUAACUGAGGUUGGACCUGGGGUUACUGGUGUAGAACUAGUCAGGGAUUUGAAGAACACCAACAAUAACCGUGGCUUUGCUUUUAUUGACUAUCAUAAUCAUGCAUGUGCCGAGUAUUCAAAGCAAAAGAUGAUGAGCCCAUCAUUUAAGCUAGAUGACAAUACUCCUACAGUUAGCUGGGCUGAUCCUAAAAAUGCUGAUUCCUCUGCUACAUCUCAGGUGAAGGCAGUAUAUGUGAAGAAUCUGCCGAAGAAUGUAACUCAAGAGCAGUUAAAGAAGCUUUUUGAACGCCAUGGGAAGAUUACAAAGGUGGUUCUUCCACCAACAAAGUCUGGACAGGAAAAGAACAGAAUUGGAUUUGUACAUUUUGCAGAGAGGUCAAAUGCCAUGAAAGCAUUGAAAAGCCCUGAAAGAUAUGAAUUAGAAGGUCAAAUUUUAGAGUGCUCUCUGGCAAAACCACAGUCUGAUCAAAAGUCCGGAGGAUCACACACACAGAAGCCAGGACCUGGAUUGCUUCCAAGCUAUCCACCAAAUGUUGGUUAUGGUUUGGUUGGGGGUGCCUAUGGAGCACUUGGUGCAGGAUAUGCUGCUCCAGGUCUUGCGCAGCCUUUGCUAUAUGGAGGAGGUCAAACUCCCGCUGGAAUGGCCAUGAUGCCUAUGCUUUUGGCUGAUGGACGGAUUGGCUAUGUCUUGCAACAACCAGGAAUGCAGCCACAAGCCCCACCCUCACAUCAUAGAGGUGGCAGGAGUGGUAGCAGUUGGAGUGGUAACAGGAGUGGUGGCCCUUCAAAUAAGGGAAGGCACAACAAUGAUGGUGGUCAAGGGCGCAGAUACCGUCCAUAUUAGUGGUCUUGUUAUAGAUUGUAGCAUCCUCUUCUCUCAAAUGUGUACUUAAGGCUUUACAAGCUCAUUUAAUGCAUCAAAAUAUGCUACAUUUUUUUUAUUAAAAAAUUGUUCUGUAGAUUCAGUCCUGAUUUCAUUCAUGUUGUCAGGGUAUUUUAUGUGUAAGUUGAAUUCUUCCUAUGUUUAUAAUAUGAGCAUUGCUAUAUAAGUCGAAACAAA